CAGUUUAAAUAUAACUUUUAAAGUUUAUUUGUUUCAUUUUAACGAUCGCCAAAUGUAAUGCAGUGUUGGUACACUUGAACUCAACAACCGAGUUGCAUUGACUCUAGGCAACAAAAUUAGCUAGAUCUUGCAUUUAUUCUGUCAUUUUUUUAAAAUAUCGUUUGAUUUAAUUUACUGAUCUGCCAAUACCUUAAAUCUAAAGAUAUGCUGGUAAUAUUUACAUAUUCUUGUUUUUUUUUUUUCAAACAGAUAUAUUUUUCUGAUCAAUCCGACGGACUGGACGUGUCACAACCGCCGGCGUAUGAUUCCUUAUUUGGAAGACAAUCAGCAUCUUCCCGAGACCAAGCUGACACACCAUCUAAUACAAACCAAAGAGAUCAAUCCAUCCAAGAAGGAACAGCAGAAGCAAAUAGAAAAUUUAAAUAUUACAUGAUUUUGAUUGUUAUUUUAUUUUUGGCUUCCAUUGCUGCACUCGAAGUGGCUUAUCAAAAAUAUUUCAAGCAUAAAGAUGACAAGGAAGAUACUUCUUCAGAUGAUGUUCGGUUAUCACCCAACAAUUCUUUCCCGGAGUAUUCAUCUUCCACAUCUUCCUCGUACAAUGAUCAUACCAAACCCUUGCCAGAGUAUCCAUCAACCACAUCUUCCCCAAACAUGUAUCAUAAUACUACCAAACCUUCCGCAGAUCAUCUACCCGGAAGCUGAUGAACACGUUUUAUUGUGUUGUUCAUGCAAAACAUACGGAAUACGAAGAAAUCCAUUUACGUCACAUCAGUCAACGGAAUACGGAUAAACGUUACAACGUCUGAACGUCUCAAUAGUUCUCUCAAAAGUGAGAUUGACCAAAUCACCAGUAUAUACUCUUUUGAACAAUUCUUCAUUCCAAAUUCAAUGGAGUUAGAAGGCUUUAAGAUAGAAACGAAAUGUAUAUUAAUUGAAACUUCUCAAAAUUCUAUGGUUGUAAGUCAGGCUGAUGUCUAUUCAUCGGUUGGGAUGACAACUCAUAUCCCGAUACAUAAACUUUCAACUAAAUAUGUUAUUGUCUCGACAAAUCCGGUGAAAUACUUCAGUCAAUUUGCAGUUGCUUCAAUUAAUGAAAACACAAUGAUAUCGAUAACCUUCCAAAUGAAUGAUACAUUACAAAUUGACGGGAAAAUAUAUCGGAGUGGGGAAACUUUUAGCAUCAAACUCAACCGUUAUGAAACAUACCAGAUUCAACAUACUGUGGACUUGACAGGAACGUUCGUUCAGUCAUCUUUACCUAUUGCCGUCUUCUCUGGAAAUGAUUGCAACAAAUUAAAUGGGCAAGGGUUUUGUGAUCACCUAAUUGAACAAUUGCCACCGACAUCAAGAAUUGAUGCAGUAUAUGUUGUUCCACCCCAUCUGUACAGCAAUACCAAAAUACGAGUCAUGGCCAUCGAUAAAUCAACAAUUUUCUACAAUUGCACAAAUAAGACUUUCUACAAGUCGUAUGAGCGUCUGGAAUACUUUGAUAUUGAUAUUUCAAGCAACGGAGUGUGUUAUAUUCAAUCGAACGGACCUAUUUUGGUAGCAAGUUUCGGUUUAUCUUCUUCAAUAAGCUACAUCAGUGAUCCUUCAAUGGUUAUUGUUCCAGGAUUUCAUCAGUACCAAAAUUACUACAAAAUAAUAGUUCCUUUUGGAUAUGAUUACAGCUAUAUUACAGUUAUUAUGGAACAAAGCGACAGUCUACUGCUUCUAAACGGCUACACAGUGGUAUCAAAAAAUAUUCUUUAUCAGGAAUUCCUCUACUAUAGUACUCAUUUCAAUGUAAUGAUAAUACGUGUGUUCGCAGGUGAACUUAUGGUAACAACAACGAAAAGCGAUAAAUUUGGACUAAUGUGUGCUGGCAUGACUUUUUUCAAAUCCUUUGCUUUCUCAGGUAAUUCUGUAUUGUAAUAUUGGUUGAUUUUUUUUCAUUGUUGAAAGUAGAAUUCCUUAAAAUACAACAUGAUUGUUCUAAACUUGUGUUACGUGCUACAUAUAGAGAACAGUUAAAAAUAUGAUUUUACGAACAUGAGCAUCAGCAGUUUAUUUUUGUAAAUUACAAAUCUGGUUAAAAUGGGCGUUCCUCGAGAUAUAAUAAAAUAUCAGAAUACAUGAUUAACAUUAAGUUAUUAAAGGAGAGAGAGAGAGAGAGAGAGAGAGAGAGAGAGAGAGAGAGAGAGAGAGAGAGAGAGAGAGUUGUAUUUACGCAUUAUUUUGAUAUUUGUAGAAUAUAAAUGUAUAUAGAUUUUAAAAUCAUUAAAAUAUCCAUGCUGUUUGUCGAACAUAUAUUGCAGAAUCUAUUUACUGAAAUAUAUUAUUUAGAAUUAUGAACUCAUUAUGUUACUAAUUGAUCAGAUUAUAAUUCAUCGUUUAUGUUUCAUCAUUUUAAACGUGAACGUGCAAUCGUUGUCUAUGAAAAUAAAACAAAACGUUCUU